UUUCGUACUUAGUGAGCCAGACACACUAACCUGUCUGUCCCCUCCUCUUUUCUCUCUCCCUCUCUCUGCAUAUUCAGCAGAGCUGCCCUCCUCUCCUCCUCAUCACUCUGCCACUCCUGCGGCGUUGCUCUCUGCUUGAAGGGGACACUGGCCUGCUCCUCACCCACUGAUUCUGCAUGACUGUCACAAAGAUGUCAUGGCGUCCGACCUACCGAAGCUCCAAGUUUCGAAAUGUCUACGGAAAAGUAGGCAACCGGGAGCACUGCUUCGACGGUGUCCCCAUCACCAAGAACGUCCAUGACAACCACUUCUGUGCCGUCAACUCCAAGUUCCUGGCAGUUGUCACCGAGAGUGCCGGCGGGGGCUCUUUCAUCGUCAUACCUGUAUCCCAGACCGGCCGCCUGGACUCUCAUCACCCAAAGGUGUGCGGCCACCAAGGCAACGUUCUGGAUAUCAAGUGGAAUCCCUUCUUUGAAAACAUCAUAGCAUCCUGCUCUGAGGACACCUCGGUGCGAGUAUGGGAGAUCCCAGAGGGUGGUCUGAGGCGCAACAUGACGGAGGCGGUGCUGGAGCUGUAUGGCCACAGCAGACGGGUGGGCGUGAUCGAGUGGCACCCCACCAGCAGCGGCAUUCUUUUCAGUGCUGGCUACGACUACAAGAUCCUGAUCUGGAACCUGGAGAUCGGAGAGCCGGUGAAAAUGAUCGACUGCCACACUGACGUCAUCCUCAGCAUGUCCUUCAACACAGAUGGCAGCCUGCUGGCCACCAGCUGCAAAGACAAGAAGCUGCGUGUCAUUGAGCCACGCUCCGGGGCCGUCCUUCAGCAAGCCAGCUGUAAGAACCACCGUGUAAACCGAGUGGUGUUCCUGGGUAACAUGAAGCGACUGCUCACCACAGGGGUUUCACGCUGGAACACCCGGCAGAUCGCUCUCUGGGAUCAGGAGGAUUUGUCCAUGCCAAUUGUGGAGGAGGACAUAGACGGCCUCUCAGGACUGUUGUUUCCCUUCUAUGAUGCCGACACGCACAUGUUGUACCUGGCAGGCAAGGGGGAUGGCAACAUCCGUUACUUUGAGAUUACCACAGAGAAGCCGUACUUACAAUACCUAAUGGAGUUCCGGUCCCCGGCACCACAGAAAGGACUUGGUGUGAUGCCAAAGCACGGGCUGGAUGUGGGAGCUUGCGAGGUGUUCCGCUUCUACAAGCUCGUCACCCUGAAGGGUUUGAUUGAGCCCAUUUCCAUGAUUGUGCCAAGAAGGUCAGACACAUACCAGGAGGACAUCUACCCCAUGACAGCAGGGACAGAACCUGCGCUGUCUGCAAGUGAAUGGCUGGGAGGGAUUAACAGAGACCCAGUCUUGAUGUCUCUGAAGGACGGCUACCACCGACCAAACCAGUUAGUGUUCAAGGCCCCAGUGAAGGAAAAGAAGAGCGUGGUGGUGAAUGGGAUCGACCUGCUGGAGAAUGUACCGCCCAGGACAGAGAACGAGCUCCUGCGGAUGUUCUUCCGGCAGCAGGAGGAACUGCGGCGGCUGAAGGAGGAGCUGACCACCAAGGACGUGCGAAUACGCCAGCUGGAGCUGGAGCUCAACAACCUGAAGAACGUUAGCCCCAACAACGUCUGACCUCUCAGCCUCCGGGACUGGCAAAGCUGCUUCCUUUGCCCCCAAAUCUGACCUCCAACAAGCUUCUGAGCCCUCCUAUGCCUCUUUUUUGAUAUAUCAUAACUUCAUUCCUGCUGCCCUGCAUAGUGCACACACUAAUAUGAUAAGUGUUGGAUAAUGUCUUAACUGGUGCAAAUACUGGAAUAUUGUAAUAAUAUGAGAAGUGACGGAGGAGAGGCAGUGUUCAUGGAUCGGCACCUUAACAUGAAAUCAGUCAUAGGAAAAGGUUUGCGAUACAAUCCAUUUAGGUAUUAUCUGUUUCUACAACUUAAUAUUCUCGAUCUAGCACAUUCUCAAGUGUUAUGAUCUGUUACUGCAUAUUUUCUGCCAGACCUCCUGGGUGUUUGUCUCACUGUGCCUACCCAAUCAUUCAUGUGGCGAUACCUUGAUCACCACACAAACAAACCCUGCACUCAUCCUCAUGUAAUGACCAAACCACCAUCUAGUUCUAGUUUUCGCUGGGGCAAAACUGGAGGAUAAAAAGACUGUCACUAGCUCCUGUUUCUCUUCCCCAAGGCCUUACACCCUGCUGCAGACACAGUUUGCAGCGAGCUGCAACAUCAUCUCAAAAUGGCUGACACGUGAAGUACUUUGGCACCUGACAGACGAGACGAGCUCCUGCAGACGUGGAUCGUGUUUUUCACAGAGCUGCUCCACUUUUUUCCUCACGAACAGAUGGUGUUAGCCAUAAAUUUACUUUACAAUACGGACAUAUAGCUACUCAAAUGCAGUUUUUUUUCCAGAGGAGAGUUCACUCUCUCUAAGUGUUUUUAUAUUUUAUUUAAAUAGUGGUAAAGCAGCAGGGGAGACAUGGAUCCAGAGGUGUGGACUUGCGUAACUACUCGAAUAUAGUGUCAAGGGAAGCUUUGCUGGCUGUUAUUGGUUUUUAGGGCUAAUUUUGAGGAUGGAGGGGUAAUGUAUAUUUGCUUCUAUUUAUUUGUCACAUUUUACCUUUUUAGCUGAUAACAUGUAUAUUUGUUAAUCCCACUGUUUCGUGUGACGCGGCUGCGCAAGUAAUGAUUGUGAAGCUUGAUAGAUUCUGCUGAAUGUUUGCAGUUGAAAUGGUGCAAGAUUUGUGUGAAACUGUACCGUACAUGGUAUUAGUCUGACUCCAACCUGACGUAACUUCAGAUAAGGUAUAAACAUAUAAUCUUGCCUUUUUCCUAACAGUGCAGAAAACUGUAAUAAUAACCUUCCUUUUACAUUUAAACUACGUAUAUCACUAUUA